CUGCUGGUGCCCGCCAGACAACGAUAGAAAAUGGCGAGUCAGUGUAAAAGGCAGCAAUGCACAAUCGACAGGCACGGCUUUCGGCAGGAACUUGACUCGUGGCGACACAAACUCAUUCACUGUGUAGGUGUUGAGAGCAUUCUCGAAGGUCUCUUUGGUCCAGAGCUGGUAGAAGACCUAAAAUUAUUUAAGGACCUUGAGCCUACAACAGUGUCUGACUGGUCAUUCGAUGAAAACUGUCUAUUCUGCUGUUUGAGACGAGACAAAGUAAAGGAACACUUAAUUGGCUUAAGCAGUGAGGGGCUUGAAGAUACACCCAAACCUCUCCUGGUUAAAGAUCAGACCACAAUCAGCAGACUAGAGAAACAAGCCGAGGAAUUUCUCAAUGCAGUCCUCUGCAGAAAAGAUGUGCCAAAUUUCUCGGACCCACACAUUCCAGUAGUGGCUCGAGAGAUCCUUCAGAGAAUGAUCCGACAGUUUGCUGCCGAAUAUACCUCAAAAACCAGCUCCCCUCAGGACAGUUGCUCAGAUUCCCAGCCUCACUCUGACCAAAGCCUGCCGACCACACCCUUGCUCUCAGGGGCUCCUCCUUCUACUAGCCCCGCCACCACCGUGGCUGGGCCUGCACACAACCAGAACCCCGUCCUCAGCAAGCUCCUCAUGGCUGACCAGGAUGCUCCUCUUGACCUCACCAUCAAGAAGCCCCUGGCUGUGCCUAGUGAUCAAGAUGGAGUUCUUGACUUAUCUAUCAAAAAGAAUCGCUACAGCAGCAGCAGCCUGCCUGUCCGUAGUCCCUGCCUUUCUCCAGCCACAUCCACGCUCAAAGGGCGAUCCUUGAGAGCGGACGGACAAGUCGGGCUGUUUAUGAAGAGCCUACAGGAUGGGAGGAGGAGGGAGAAUAUCGGCCACUCCACCCGUUAUAAGCCUUCCUCGUCUCUUGCAUACUCGCUGCACAUCAAAGAGGAGGCCGAUCUGGAGAGCGACCCAGAGUCACCUCUCAGCCAUAACCACAGCUCCAGACCCACUGACCUUUUCAGAAAUGGAUCUGCUUCCUGGAAUUCCAAAACUCAUUUUGGGGCCCUCCUCAAACUCAAAACCAACAGUGAGGCUAGUGAGCGCCUUAAAGACAUACCCAGGUUGUUGGAAGCCGCGGGACUUUUGACAAAGUCACUUGCUUAUGAGAGAGGAAACCUCCAGGAGGCUUGCAGGGAGAACAGCCUCUCUCUUUCUCAGUCAGCAUCUUUUGACCUCAAGAUUCCCCAGGUGCGGGUUUUAGCUACAGGAACAGACCCGUCUGGGGAUUCCAUGUCCGAGUAUUCAGGUUCGCUUUGUGAGAACGGUCUGGGAAAAACGCUCCGUUCCAUGUUGCCCAGACAGAUCCAGAAAAAGAGCAGCGGUGUUUUUAGUAGCUCAGGUUCGGAGAAGGAAUACUGGCCUUAUGACACUGACCGCCAAGCCUUGGGAGGAAACUAUCCUCUGGAUUCAGAGUCAGACCUAGGUAACAAGCAGCCAAGGAAGAAACGCGGGCGAUAUCGGCAAUACAACACCGAUCUGCUCGAGGAGGCUAUUGUGGUGGUGAUGGGCGGGAAAAUGAGCGUAUCUAAAGCCCAAACGAUCUACGGCAUUCCACACAGCACUCUGGAAUACAAAGUUAAAGAGCGAUUGGGGACCUUGAAACAUCCCCCCAAAAAGAAACUGAAGCUGAUAAGCCAGGUUGAGGAACAGGAUGUUUCACGGUCCCCUGAGAGGAAAGAAUCUCAAAACUCUCAGCACAUUGUUUGUGAGAAAAGGGAGAGUGCAUCUGAAGAGACUGGGAAUGAUUUCCAUGAUAUGAGCCUCUCAUCAAAUGAGUGAUAUAGUGAUAGAGUACUAAUGAUGUACUUUUUGACCAGACAGAUGUUGCAUUUGCCAGACAGUGGCUGUAGCUGACUUGUUUUUCCAUAAACAUUAACGUAACAUUUAAAUUGAAAUACCCAUAUUUAUUAUUAACUUAUGGCCAUCUAUCUUAAACACUCCCAAGUGUCUCCCUGCCCUACAUAUUGUGCCUGGAAGGCAUACUUAUUAUUUGUCAAGAAUUUUAAUAUACUCCCAGUUAUAUUGUUAAUUAAUUUAGUCUAUUUAUUUAGGUUAUGUUUUAAAAUAUAUAUAGAUAUAAUUCUUUGCUCUAUAAAUAUAUUCUUUACACACAGAGCCAAACUGAAUCCUGAAAGUAAGUGGCGCCCCUCAGUGUCCUCUCUCAGUACUGUUCAGAGCACUUGGUCAUAUAGUUGAUUCUCCUGCGUGCAUGUAUAUAAACCCUCCGAGUAUAGGUGAAAGCAUAUUCCUCAUUGUAGAGAGUUUAUGGAUGACGGCGAAAGUCUCUGUCACUGUUUUACAAAUGCACUUCUAUAACUAAAAGUAUGUCCAACCACUAUUAUAUUUAAUAUAUGUAUUAAUUCCAAACACUAUUAUCCAAAAUGUUUAUUUAUUAUUCUAGUCUGUUGGAAUAGCAUGGUUUGUUGUUCCUUUCUUGAAUCCAAAUUAAGCUAAUCUUCACAAGCAUGACAGGUUUUUGACACCUAUGUUUUUCUGUGCUAUAUGAAUGGUAUUAGUUGUUUAGUUGCUUUUUUUUUUUAUUGCCUUCACUGCACUCAGGAUAAAUUCAGAUUGGGAUGCAGUACUUGUCAGUCAGAAGAUAAUUGCUUACUGUACACACACAAGUAUACCUCAGCUACAGUUUUGCUUAACUAAAUGUUAAUUGCCUCAUAUGUCACCUCUAACGGGAAUGAAUAGCAUACCCAAAUACUCAUUUUUGAGGUAAUAUUUCAGGAUGUCUUACUGACAAGUAUGCGUUUCCUACUCUCACAACCUUCCUUAACCAGUCAUCAGUAGCAUUACAGUACCAGUGUAAGCCUUCACAGCAUUUCAGUUCUGUGUGAUUUUAGGGCUCGUCUUUCAGAUUUCAGGUAUUAUCUCUGGGAUGCUUUUCUCUAAGACCGUGAGAAUAGCAGAAUUUUUCUUUGAUCUAUAAAACAAUGCAAAACUAUUAUUAGUAUUUCCGUACAGAAGUAUGACUUAUGCAUACACAUCUCACCUGCCCAUGGCACAUGUUAAAGAAUUGUCUCUUCAGGUCAAUUUACAAUACUUGCCUGGUUUGUGGGGAUGAUACUCAGUUGUAGUGACCUCAAUAUUUACAGUCACAGACAGUACACUAAUCCUAACUCUAAAAUACACUCAUUUUUUAAAAUUUUUACUUAAGGCGGACAAGAAAAUCCGUCCUGUUCAUGUGCAUCUAAAUAAAAUCUAGAUGCUGUAGCUAUUGUCAUUUUUAGAAGCUCCAUUAAAGUCAUUACUUUAUAGAGGAAAAACUGACUUUUUUUAAGCAGUAUUAACAGAUAGCGCAACAAAACGGUUGACUGUCCUAGGUUUAUAUUUGCUAGCCAGCCAAGUUAGCUAACUUGUUAGCUACUGUUACAAUCAUGCCUCAAUCCACACCCAUCUAUUUCUAGAGUUACUAAGGCAAAAAUUCAGUGAAAAUUAAUUUCUCAUCCCCGUGGAGGAAUAGAGAGGAGUGAUAAAUAUAAAUAUUGAACAUAAAAUAUUGUCUCAGGCUGCUGGCUACAUUUAAUUGGAAAGCCCACUGAGAUUUAAUGAACUUGUAUUGGUUUGAUUGUGAUUACCUUUUUUUUUGUACAGUUACAGACAUACUGCAAUUAUUUUAAGUAACUGUGUGAAUCAGUUUGCGGUUCACAUGGAUUUGUAGCUAAGGCACAUGAGCUUGUGGGUUGACACUUUCCCUUUCUUCCACCAGAUAUUUCUGUGUUAAGUGGCUAUACCAAAGGUCAUUUAGAUGCCAUUUACUACCUACUAACAGAAGCCAUUUUCAUUGAAUUUUUGCCUGGUGGACUUGGCAGAGGAACUCCAUGAUUUUGAUUCUGCACAGUCCAUUAUUUUGCUCUAUCAGGACACCUCAUUGUGCAUUACCACUUAUACCUCAGGACAUUCCAGAAUAUGGGAUCAUGGCCCAUUAUUCUUUUAUCAGGUUGAUUAAACAGCUCUAGCAAAUCUUGGUCAUUUUAUUUAGCAAAUAUUUCAGCCUUUUGUAUGUUACAAUGUUGCUUAGGUUAUCUAGUGAAAUGCUUGCAGUUAAGGAAUUAGUCAUAUUACAUAACAUUCUAAACAUUUAAAUAAGGGUUAUUCAGAAAUAAAAUGUAGUUCAGGGACUUGCACACUUGUAUGUUAAUAACACUGUACCAAUAGUAUAACUUUGUUAGAUGGUAAAUUUACUAACUUGUUGAGCUUCUCUUAUUCUCUCGCCUUUUCAUGAUCUAAAUAGGUAUUCUUUAGUUGAUUGUUUAUUCUUUUUUUAAUAGGUUUGCAUUUCCUCUCACUUUAAGGUAAAGACCUUCAUUAUUAGUAACUGAUUUAACCACUCUGAAUUCUCGUCAUUCAUUUGCUGUCAUUAAUUUAAGUAUUCGUGCAUUGACAAUCAUCCAGCAUUACUCAGAAGUCACAUUUGAUUCAUUUUCUCAUUCAAAGUGUUUUAAUGCAUUUUAAGUAAUAUAUUAAAUACACACAGCGUAAGCGCUUUGAGUUGAUAGGUAAACAUGUUUCUACUGUCAUUAUCUGUAGCAAAUCCAAUGGUCAACUACCUCAUCUUGAAAACCCAUAUCACUACUGUUCUCUUAGCUGUUCUGUGUAGCAGUUUCCAUGUACACAACACAGUUUAUUGUAAAGUUCUUUGAAAGGCUUUCUACUGUCUUAAUCGCCUUUACGCAAAGUCCACAGGUAAACAUUUUAGUGUAUCUUUGUAGUUGAUUGCACCAUGAUCUACGUAAUUUUUUUCUUUUUGUGUUGGGGAUGGAGCGCAGUGUAGGGGGCUUAUUGUUUGGACAGUUGUGACAAAAGCAUUUUUGAUGAUUUCCUACUUCAGAGAAAUCUUUUUAUUCCCAAAUUGAUGAUUCUUUUGUUAUGCUGUAUUUAUUAAUCAAUAUUUAUUAAUUAAUGGUUUUAUCAUCACUUAAGUAACCCAUGAAUGUAAAUGGAUUUAAUGAAACAAAAAAAAGAAACUCACGUAUGUGUUCUAGAAAUAAGUAAAUAAUGCUUAAAAAGUAUAUUUAACUGUCUUACAUGAUAGAUGUGAAGGGAAAACAUUUAAUAUUGUCCCACUUCGUUCUGACAUAAGUUGGAUAUUAUUUGCUUGGUAAAUAUAAUGUAUGAGGAUAAAGAUCUUUCUACAAAUGACUUGAGAAUAUCCAUGUCCAUAAAUAAUUAUAUGAAGAUUUUGUAUAUUUAAAAUGUACAAAGGAAUGGCACUGGGUAUAUUUCGCAUGGUUGGACUAAAUCAUAUGUGUCAGUGGGAAGUUAGUUGUAUAUGGUGAUGUUUAUCUUUGAGGAUGUUCUAUUGAAAAUACUGGAGUGUUGUUGUGUUUACUGUCAACAAUAUAUCAUGUAGAGGUGUGAACCAGUUCAAAAUCUGCUUAAUGGUUCACUGAAGAUGUAUGAUGAAAUCCCCCAUACAGUAGUUUGUAAUUGCCAGAUUAUUUAUAUCCCUAAUGUCCAAUAUAUGAACAUUGCAGAUGGAUUAACGCAUUCUUGUUUGUGUGCUUAUGAAAUAUUGUGGAAUUGAGUUGUGAUUUGGUUUGCUUCUGCUUGUGAGAUUGAUUAUUCUGGAAGAAAAAGGCAUGUGCUUUGUGUCAGUUCCUUACUGCAAUGCUAAGUGAAACAGAGAGUGAAACCCUCAGGGAUCAAACACUUACCACUCAUUAUUCAGGUACUCCAACUCCACUAUAUCCCCUAGAUCUUGCAAGCAGGGAAGUGAGUUAAUGAGCUUAGCAAAAAAUGAAGAGAAAAAAAAGGGUCAGGUUCCAGUUGCAGCAAAUGUUAUUUUUCUCUAAAAUGUAUUUUUGAAUCUCUAAAAGUUACAUUUGAGAUAUUUUGGCAUGCUGUACAAAUCUUUUUGUGUUUGGAACCAAAAAAACCUUAUUACAUGUUUUCAUCGUUUUUAUUAUUUUUAUACUUUGUUACACUAUGAAUGUCAAUGUAACCUUAGUGCAGGUAAGAUGUUGACCAAUGGGUAUUUAAUUAACAUAUUUCUUUCUAAAUUGAGUGCCUCAAACAGCACAUAUUUAAUUUAACGAAAAUAAAACUGCUUAAUGUAAACGACAUGUCUGAAGAUUUCAGCAAAAGUCCUAAGACUCCUCACUUACUGUACAUGCAUUAUGGCAUUCAUAAUUCCCACUACAAAGGUUUUGUUGUAACUGUUGUGAUUCAAACCUGAAAACCGUUUUUUUUUUUUUUUUUUUUACAAUUCUGUUCUUUCGUCAAUACACUAACACGGUUUUACAUUAAUGUAAAUAUCUGUUUUUAAAAUCUGCAUUCAAGUUACCUACUUGAUAAAUGUUCCACCAUGUUUGCUAUAGCUGAGACGUGGCAACAUAUGAAAACCUACAGAUUUCAGCUUUACUAUGUCACAACGAAACUGUUAGUAGCAUGACAUUUGGCAAUUGAAUAUUUUUCAUUACACAACAUAGACUUGUGAUAUGUCACCUCAGGAAUCCAGAUGUUUCAUUUGUCUGUUCAUUUUCACAGUGUAGGUUUUUUUGUUUGUUUGUUUUUUACAAACAAACCUUUCAGAAUUAUUAGAUAAAUCUAUUUUUGGCAUAAUGUGAUGGUAUAAAUGCUCCAAAGGUGUUGGAAGAUUUUGUAAUGGAUGUACCUCACUGACGAAACUUAAGUCAACUUAAGCCCUACUUGACUGAUUAAUUUAGAUUUGCAUUGGCAAAAACAACCUCACAGAUAUUGGACAAAAUAAUUUUGCAUAUAUUCAGUCACGCUUGAUUUUUCUUUUACUAGUUAAUUUGUUUUUUUGAGCACUUGUAUCCGUAUGUCACCCUUUGCACUAAUCAUGAAAUACAUGAAAACUUGACAAAAAUGAUGUACUCUAUAUUUCCCCCUAAGAUAUUUGCUCUUUUAAGCGAUAAACAUGUUUGACUUGUUUUAAUCAAAGUGGGCCACCAUUGCUAAAUGUAUUGUGCAUGUGUGAAAUUUUGUUGAUGUAUACUGUAACAAAAAGCACCACUGUGCAAAGAAGAAAAAUGUAAUAACUGUAACAAUAUAAUUGGUCGAGUUCACUGGAUGAAGGUUCACUUUUAAAAUCACAUAUUCUUCUAAUAAAUAUGCAAUGAUAAACAUUG